AUGGCCGCACUCAAAGACUCGUCCGCAUGGCCAGAGCUCACUACCGCAUCCGUGUCCCGAGGGCGCGACAACUACGCGCGCUUGGGUGUUCUUAGGACUAAACCCGGGCGCGCGGAUGCGCCAGCCGUUCUUAGCAUGUCGUGCAGCGACAAGAUCGCACGGUGGAGUGUUUUGGGCGUUCAGGGUGCGCUUGCUAGCGACAUGGUUCCAGAGCCCAUCUAUAUCGACGCUAUUGUCAUCGGCGAAGUCGAUCAUUCCAUGCGAGACAUCGUAGAAGCCGACUGCGACCGUGCUCUUCACGGAAGAUUGGCCAACCUACCAAAUCUCCCGGAGGGUCUCCGUUCGUCCAAGCCGAAAGUUCACUUUACCGACACACCCUUUGAGCACUCGCGCUCUGUGUUGAAUGCGACCUCUUCGUCAAAUGACUCUGUAUGCUGGGUCGCCGACUCUUCUGCCGGCCACGAAGUUCUUAUCAACGGGAUCCGAAGAGGUAUCUCCCCAAAACACCGCGCGAACGGAAGAUUCAAACCAGCAUUGUCAAAAGCGUCCCUCUUCGCAUUGUAUGCGGGGAUUUCGUCGGAUAUGGGGCGCGCUUUCGACCCGACACGAACGUAUGCCGAAGAGAAACAGAAGCGAACGCGAUACAACGCCGCGAAGGAUGCGCUUUUAGGGCCGGAAGGGCCUUUCUCAGGAUGGCUGGGUUGCCGAGGGUCACAACGGGAAGAGUUCAACUCUGCAGGUAGUUUAAUCAACAGCACAGUUCUCAGGUCCUCGACGAGCCAUGAUGUAUGA